AUGUCAACACCGUCCCCUGUUCCCCGAGAGAUCAAAGGCCAACAAGCGCCGCCAGCAUUGCGGGCAAAAGAUAAUGGUGUGAGCUCGCAACUGGCUCGCCCUUCGCCGAAGCUUCGCCUGCACUUGCAGGAUAUCACCCACAAAUCCACCAAGAUCUUUCUUGACAGCAUCUCUGACCCCCAGGCUGUGGUUGAAUCGGCGUUGUCCGACAUUGUUGAAUAUCUCUACACGUCCCCAGAGGCGUCUCGCAAGGUCCAUUUCAAGCCAUCUUUGCCCGAUACUCGAUCCGUCACCUUCAUCUUACGUGAUUUCUCGGGAGUAGCAUACACCACUUCGCUCGACAUAGACUCUGAUCACAAAGAAAUACACUUCUCCCUCUCGCAUAUCGCUCGUGCUGCCUCAGGUGACCCCAGGCAUGAGAUCAUCGGUGUCCUGACCCAUGAACUGGUCCAUUGUUACCAACAUACCACUCCGCCGGAUGGCUCCGCUCCCUAUCCGCCAUCGGGAUUGGUAGAGGGCAUAGCGGAUUUCGUCCGCUUGAAGGCCGGGCUGGCACCCCCUCAUUGGUCCCGCCCACGCAAUAGCACAGACCUGCCAGAUUCGUGGGACCGGGGAUAUCAGCACACUGCAUUUUUCUUGGAAUGGAUUGAAGAUAUCUGGGUGGGGAUUGGCGCAGUAGGCAUGGGGGAACCAUCGAGACACCCAACGCCGAGGCUUUCUGGAUAG